AUGCCCCCAGCUGCACCCACUGACUCAAAUCCAAACUCGGCGAAGGAAUGGUGGAAGAGAGCUCAAUAUCUUGGGUACCCUGACCCCUCCCUCCUGGACAUCACGACAUACGAGGCCCGUUCAGCAUCCAAGUUUAGCGAAACAGACUCUAUUUACCUCAAGGCAGUUUGGCAGAGCCGGCCGGUAAUUGAUUUCCACAUCGCCGAAUACGAGCGGGAGGAAUAUGUCGCCAGGGCCCAGGAGCUCAUGGGACUGAAGCCCAGCCCUCCAUUGGAGGCAGUGGAACGUCUCCUUUCGAUCCGGCUGAACCUGGCAAACUUCCUCAAGACUGUCAACACUCCGUUCGGCUCAUUGACCCGGCCAACGCCCUGGCCAUCCAGCCCCAGGCUCCACGGCGCCCACCGACGCCUCCAAAAGCACCUCAAAUUCCAUCCGCGCAAGUCCGAAGACGAGGAGAUCGUUAACACCGCACCGGUGCAGCUUCUCGUCUGCACGACCCUGUGCUCCGGGAUUGGGACCAUGAAGGGCCGGGGCUCGAACCGAUGGUAUCUUGAGAGACUGGAGACAUCAACAAAGCCUACUCUUGCCAUAUUGGAAGUCAAGCAGUACAAGCGCGGGUCGAGCCGGCAAAAGAUCGAGUGGCAGGAGGCUUGUCAGAUGGCUGCAUGGAUUUCGACCAGUCUUCGAGAGAAGAGCAAGGAAAAGCGGACGGAAGGGAUAUUGCGCACGAGCUACAACGGCAAGAACCGCCGAAUUCUCAUCUCCCAGGACUACCGUGCUUUGUACCUCACGGUCGGGCAAUGGGGAAAAGGCUACGAAAGGUACCUCCACGGAGAACACCGUCCGCUGACACCGCCGUCCAAGACCAACUCCCCGAGUCGGAACCUUAGCUGGGGCCGGACGGAUGCCAAACCCGCGGCGGCAGCAGCAGGAGGUGCCUCUCCCCCAAGGCCUCGGACCCCUAACCGCGCGCAGCAGGCCCAGGCGAAGACCACCACCAGCCCCGCCCGGGCGGCUUCGCCCCAAAAGCCUGGAGGCCAGUCGCCAAGUGACACCACCAGGGCCAACCCGGCGUCGCGAACCAAGGCCCAAUCGCCGGCGCGCGCGCAGCAGACGGGAAAGGAUGCGGCAGCACAGCGCAGGGACGCGACCGACGAGGACCUCGACGAAGACGGCACUUGUCAUGCACUGCUAGGGUCCCUACUCGCUUGA